AUGGCGCGGGAGCUGAGCCAGGAGGCUGUGCUGGACUUUCUCUGGGCGGCCGGGGGGCGAGCCCCCAACUCGGCGCUGCUCCGCCACUUCCAGCGCUUCCUUCGCGACCCGGCGCUGACGGAGCAGCAGCGGCGGGAGCGCCGCGAGUAUUUCAAGAGCCUUGUCAACUCCCUGGCCACCGUCCACCCCGCCGCCGCCCCCGGCGCCUCCAAGGACAUCGUCCUCCGCCGCAGGUACCGCGACCUCCUCGAUGAGGAGCUGCCGCCGCCGGAGGAACAGCGGGAGGAGGCAAAGAAGGAGCCGGAGCCGCCGCCGCCCCGACGCGACCCCGACGGGCGGCGCGGCCCCCGAGGGGAGGCGGCGGAGCAGGGGCGGCCCUGCGGGGGGCAGCCCCCGAGGAGUGCCGCCGUGCUGGGGGGCUGCUCCGCCCGGGGCCGCGGCGGUCCCUGCUGCGAGUGCCGCCGGGCGCGCCGCGCUGCUGCCGCCGCCGCCGCCGCCGUCCCCUCGCCGGGCCCCGGGGCACCGCCCCCCGCCGGGCCGCCCCGCUCCCUCUCCCCGCCGCCCCCCAGGCAGCCGCCCCCGUACCGGACCCAGCCGCUGUCCUCGGGGCCCUGGGCGCUCCGCCCCGGCGGCACACCGCGCUCCCGGCCCCCGCUGCUCCCCUCGGCUCCUGGGGCUCUGGCCCCCGCUGUGCCGCCCCGGCCCCCAUCGCCGCCGCUGCCUGCCGCCGGGCCGCCCUCUGCCACAUCGUCCCGCUCCCGGUCCCCACCGCUGCCGUCGGGCCCGGGGGUGCCUCAGCCCCGGCCGUCGCCGCAGCCCCCGACCGGGAUGCCCCUACUGAAGGCCCCAGCGCCCACAGCAAGCCUGAGGGGGCCACCCCCCACCGGACCCUCCCAGUCCCCGCAGCUGUCAUCGGGCCCCAGGGCGCUGUCCCCCACCGAGCUGCCCCCAUCGCGGUCCCUGCCGUUGCUGUCCGCCCCGGGGGUGCUGCCCCUGUCCCGGUCCCUGCAGGCACUCCCUGCCAGCCCCUCCUCAUCCCCACUUUUAUCAAGCUCAGAGGUGCUCCCUUCCACCAGGCUGCCCCCAUCACAGUCCAGGUCCCUGCAGCAGCUCCCCACCAGGCCAUCCCCAGUCCUGCCGAGGGGAUUCAGGGGGCUGACCCCGAACGGACCAACCCAACCUCAAGUCCUGCUGCUGUACCCACGCCAAACCCUCACACUGCCGUCAGGUCCUGGGGUCCUACCCCCUACCAAGCCACCCCCAUCCCAAUCCCUGCCACACUCCCCCACUCAGCCAGCUCCAUCCCGCUCCCUGCAGCCACCCUCUUCCAGGCCACCUCCAUCCCAGCCCUUGCAGCCAGCACAGGGCCCAGUAGCGCCCCAAGCCCCAGAGAGCUGUCCCCCAGCACCGCUGCCUGUCUUCAGGAGCAUCAGGUGCCAGCUCGCUUUGUCGGAGGUGCAGAGCACGCCCCCAUCGCUGCCCGAGGAGUGUGGGCGGCAGCCCCGCACCACGCUCUCCAAGAGCUCCUCUAGAAAUGCCCUAAGCCGGGGGCCAUCGGUGCCACUGGGACAGCGGGAGCACGCCUGGCUAGUGGCGAUGUCAGCGGGGUGCUGGGCACGCGUGCGGGGGCUGUUUCUGGAAGAGCCGGAGCUGGCCCUGCUGCGGGACUUCAUGUCAGGCUUCACGGUGCUCCACUGGCUGGCCAAGCACGGCGACGGGCCCGGCCUGCAGGAGCUGGCGGCGGCGGCGCGGCAGGCGGGGCUGGCCCUGGACGUGGACGCCCGCUCGGGCUGCGGGUACACGCCGCUGCACUUGGCUGCCAUACACGGCCACCAGCUUGUCAUCAAGGUGCUGGUGCUGCAGCUCGGCUGCCAGGUGCAGGUGCGGGACAGCAGCGGGCGCCGGCCCUGGGAGUACCUGCGUGGCUCCACCUCGGGGGAGAUCUGGCAGCUCCUGGAGGCACCCCGUGGCAUAAUUAUGUUCCCCACGCAGCCCCUGGCCCGCAGCGUGUCCUCUGUCAGCAAGGUCUCGCUGUCCACUGGCAGGGCAGCGCUGCCCUCCUGCCUCAAGGUGCAGCAUGGCCGUGGGGCAGCAUCCCACCGAUCCAGCAGCGAGAGUGACUGA